AUGGACCUGUGCAUAUUCAACACAAAAAUACCUCAAAGCACGAUUCCGGAGAAGGAAGAAGAAACAAACACAAAGGAGAAAGAAAGAGAGAGGAUGGAGAAACAACUACAUGAAACCGUGGAGGCUGCUCACGUCGAACGAGGCAUCCGAGAGUCAUCGCCGGAAAAAAAGAAGGAAAAAUCCCAUAAGCAUAGAAGCAUAUUCCACCUCCACCAUCACUCAAAGGACGAGAAAGAGGAAGACAAGAAGAAGAAGAAAGAAGGAUCAAAGAGAGAGAAGAUGGCUGCAGCGAUGGUUGGUCUCGGAGCCACCCUCAAUAAGAUGAAGCAUAAGGGCCACAACGGAGGAGGUGGAAAAGAGGAAGGAGGAGGAGCGGAGGAGGGAGGAGAAGAAGAGGAGGAGGAAGAGGAAGAAGAAGAAGACGAAGGAGAUGAUGGUGGGGAUGAAGAAGAGGGAGGCAAGUUUAGUGCUUUCAUUUCGAUGAUCGCUGAAGCCUUUGAAGAGUAA